CGACGCAACACAACACGUAAAAAAGGGCGAUACUUCGCACGCUUGAGCCCGAAAAUGCGCCACUGCGACUGUUCCAAUAUUACGCCACCAAUCCAGUAGUUCGCUAUUCGAGGUCUACACACACAAACACAAAGGAAUGAGCAACCCACCAGGAAAAAGACGAGCUAGUAAUAGCGAAGCCGCCAUUUCGACGGCAACGCGUCGACUAAGCGUUUUCUCAGGGGAGUGGGUUCGACUCCCGACAAUGAGUGCAAUCGCGGACAUGGAAGACAACCAUCACCAAGGCACUUUCGAGGACACAGCCGAGUCCACAAGCAUCCCAGCUGAACACAGAGCAAUUGACGAUGAUAAUCGAAGGAAGCGCAUCGAAGCCAUGCGUGCAACUUUAUCAGACGCUGUCCAGCACCAAAUAGGACCUACUAUACCAGCCUCAAUUGAUUCUACGACGACGGCCAGCUUACAGGAUACGAACACCUUUCUUGCCCUCUACAAGGCUUGUUUUCCUUCCGCAAACGAUACUGAGGACCCAUUGGUCUUACGAAACAUGUCUGGACUCAAGCGAGAGAUGAUGAUCCAGGUUCUUGAGGAUUUUGGAGAUCGACUGCUCUGCCCCCAGGAUGUCGAUCCGACUCACAUGGAAUAUCUGCGAACGGCCAUACUGCAACUAGGACUGAAUGCCGAUCAUGGGUGAUUGCAGGCGCCAUCAACACUGCACUCUUUGAUAUAUAACCUUAAUCCCGACAAUUUCUAUAACCGUUAUCGCCUCACCAGGAUCUCUUGCAACCAACGCUGGCUUCGAAUCGGCCGGCAUAGUUACAGUAGUGGCAUCAAUAAUGAUUCUGAAGAAUUACAAUUCCUUGGCCGAACGAUCAGACAUGUCCCCUCUACAGACGAACCUUGUUAAUCCAUGUCUGAUACAAUAGGCGUCAUGAUACAAGCGUGCGAUUGAAAGGAUGAGUGCGCGAGUGAGGGAUAUGGAUUAAUAGCAGCUCGACAGUAGGAGCAUUGGCGUAGAUGAGAGGAGCCCCUUUUGACCAGCAUCAGGACGAUCAGAGUUGUGCCCACAGAUCAUCCUGCGAUCCCAAUUGCGAUUUCAAACCGCAUAUACACCAUCCAGCCAACCGCCGGCCAGUCCGCACAGGAAUGCGCACC